AUGGCCACUGUCGACGCGGAUCCCGUAAUUGCUGCUGAUGAAAAUUUCGAUGACGGCGAUUCGUCGCUUGGCGGUGAUGCCGCAACUUCAACGGAGAGCCUGAGAAGCUCUAUUCUUGAUUAUCGUCACGAAAACGGUAGAACGUACCAUCGAUACAAGGAUGGCAAAUACAACCUUCCGAACGACAACGAGGAAAACGAGCGACUGGACCUUCAACACCAUCUUUGCCUUCUCACCUUUGACAACAAGCUUGGCCUUUGCCCGCCCAACUUGCCUGACUCGAAUGUUCAGCGCGUGCUCGAUCUUGGAACAGGCACCGGUAUCUGGGCUAUUGACUUUGGCGACGAACAUCCCGAGGCUGAGGUCGUAGGGGUUGACCUCUCGCCCAGCCAGCCCAACAUGGUCCCUCCGAAUGUUCAAUUCCUCAUCGAUGAUAUCGACGAGGACUGGACCUACAGCAAGCCAUUUGACUAUAUCCACAGCAGGAUGAUGAACUUUAGCGUUCAAGACUGGCCGGUUUAUCUGCAAAAGAUCUACGACAACCUAACUCCUGGAGGCUGGGUUGAGCUUCAGGAGGUGGAUGUCAUCAUGGGUUGUGACGACGGUACUCUUUCCGAAGACGACACUCUCGCCAAAUGGUGCAAGCUUCUCGAAGAAGCAGCUGCGAAGCUAGAACGAAAAUUCGCGAAGACUUCCUCGUUCAAGGACUACCUUUCUGACGCGGGGUUCACCGAAAUUGUCGAGACGCGCUUUAAAUGGCCCACCAACCGAUGGCCCAAGGAUCCCAAGUAUAAGGAGCUCGGGGCAUGGAAUAAUGAGAACUCGAAUAUCCUGCUUGAAGGUCUCACUCUAGCACCUUUUACACGAGGUCUCGGUUGGAGUGUUGAGGAGGUGAAGUUGUUCCUCGUCAAGCUUCGGAAGGAUUUCAACGACCCAAAGAUUCAUGCUUACUGGCCUAUCUGUUCCGUUUAUGCAAGAAAGCCUGAGACUACCUUGUGA